CCUGGAAGCCCUCCCGAUCCUAUAAAACCGACUCCAGGAGUCCUGACGGCCCAAACUCUCCACCGUUCACCGCCAGACUAGCGGCGCGAUCAACCGGAAACUGAUCGCCGGAAACGCGCGAGCGAAGCAACAGUUUGUCUUUUGGACUCCGGUGCCGGCAUACGCUGCUACUUUUUCUGUUUCGUUAUGAAAAUGUUCCUUGUCACGCGGGUCUUCCUAACUUGUUAUGUUUUACUGUAUUGGUCUGCUCAUGCUGUGGUUGGGACAAGCACAGAGAGCUCGUGUGACAUAGACAUAGAAGACACGCUGAGGGCAUUGCUGGCGGACCAAGAUAGUCCCUCGAUACAAGUCCAGGCCUUACGUCGUGACCUGUUAAGGAAGAUCCAGGAAAUACUGGAACGGAAAGCCUUAGAGGAUGAAGAAAGUUACUACAAACGCUCGUUAGCUGCAUUGGCAGCCAGCAACAACCUGCCUGGGAAGAGAAAUCUGGAAGCAUUGGCUAGGAAUGGGUAUAUCAAGACACUGCCGGAAGAAGAGGAUCCUAACUACAAAAGGAGUGUAGCGAAUUUGGCGAAGAAUGGUCAGUUUCCGUUGAGGCAGGAGGAACCUAAGCGUGGUAUAGCAAGCUUAGCUAGGAAUGGCGACCUACGACCACCUAGGAAGGGUAUUCAAGACACGCUGGAUGACCUCUACGGUAAACGAAACAUAGCUAGUUUAGCCAGGAAUUAUGAACUUCCAAACUAUCAGAUUCAGUACAAGAGGAACAUCGCUUCUGUUGCAAGGAAUGGAAAAUUCACAGGAAAGAGAUCAGUAGCUCCUGCAGUACCACAGAGGCGCAAGCGAGAAAUAACAGACUACCAAUACGAGAACGAAGAAUAUCCACAGCUAGUUCAUCAAAAUAUUCUUGAUUAUGAAGAUAUGAUCCAGGAUUUGAACGCUCCUAUUUACGAUGCGGCGGAUAAGCGAUUUUUAGGCUCGGUAGCAAAGAGCGGCUGGUUCCGACCGCAAUCCCUUUCAUCAGGCUCCAGGUCGACGUCUACUAGGUAUCAGUUUUCACCCGGAAAAAGGCACAUAGGCGCUUUGGCCAGACUGGGAUGGCUGCCUUCGCUCCGGAACAUCCGGAGGUUCAACAGAUCCGGACGAUCAGCCAGUGACGCGUGCAGGUUAUAUAUUGGUGUUGGAUGGAUGUUUCCGUAG